GGAAUAUAUCGUCGUGACGAUGACCAGCCAUUUCAGACCACUCCGCUAUCACCAACAGCGGCAUAUUAUGACCAACAGGAGGACUGGGCCAACGUGCCAAGAGCUAUACGGCGUACUCCAGCUGCAUACACAGAGUACUCUGAAAACCAUCCGCCUCCAGAACGACCAAGCGUGUAUCAUCGACGCGACUUCCGUUCCUAUGCUGAAAAUCAACUGGGCGAAGUCAUGGAGGCCCUGGUCUCCUGUGCCCGUCACAAACCCAGAGGGAGUCGGCCCUACGAUCCUUGGGGUUUUGAACCAGAGUCUCCACCACCGGAGAUGUUACUGAACACUGCCCGGGCAGCCCGAGGUUGGUUCUUUGUUUUUUAG